GUCCGUGAGCGGAGCAGCAUCCAACAUGAAGCCAUCCAGGCUAUCGUGUGUGUGUGAAUUGGACCACGUUUGAUGGCUGUCACUCCCCCAGCGCGAGUGGAAGGCGCGCCUGGGAAUUCGUCCGAAAGGAUUAUGGAGGAACACGGAUGAACACUCGUACGAAUACGAACGCAUACUUAUACCUGUCUAGCAGCCUUGCCUUGUCUCUCCAGUCUCACCAAGUCCUCAAUCUCAGCGUCCUUCAAGCAUGGUCGCCUACAAGGACAUCCAAGCGUCCAACGCCUCCAUCAAUGACGCAAACGCCCCGCGCGUGGCUGUCUUCGUGGGAGGAACCUCUGGCAUCGGCCAGCUCACCCUUCGCGCUCUGGUAGCGACGGGAACCAGCCUACGAAUCUACCUUAUCGGGCGCCCGAGCUCCGAGGAGCGUAGCCGCCGCUUCAUUCAGGAAUUGCAAACCGUGAACGCCAGCGCUGAAGUGAUCUGGGUUGAAGCCGACGUCUCGCUGCUCGCCGAAGGGAAGAAGGCGUGUGAACAUAUCAAGAGCAGGGAAUCCCGCAUUGACCUUCUCUUCCUUACGACAGGAUAUUCACCCUUCGGCGUCCGUCAAGAGACUUCUGAAGGCCUCGAGACGUCACUCGUACUAUCCUACUACACACGCAUGCUAUUUAUCUUGCACUUGCUUCCUCUCUUGAGGAAAUCCGAAGCUCCGCGGGUCGUCAGCGUCUUGGGCGGUGGCAUGGAACGCACGAGCAGCAUCAACGUGGACGACAUUGACCUUGAGAAACCGGGUAGCUUCGGCAUCACGACCGCCCAGCCACAUUAUGCGGCCCUGCAAACCGUCUUCCUGGACAAGGCGGCGUCUGAACACCCAGAUGUUACCUUCAUUCAUGCUUGGCCGGGCAUGGUGAAUACAGGAAACGUGUGGAGAGGGCUGCACGCGAGUCAAUCUAUUCUGUAUUGGUUUAUCUGGGGUCUACUUGAGCCGCUGAUCCGAUUGAUAUCUUCCACAGAUGAUGUGGCAGGUCAAAGAAAUUUGUUUCUGUGCACCAGCGCUGCGUUCGGGGGCCGUGGUGUGCCCUGGACAGGACAGGCUGGCACGAGCACGCUAAGGACGCGCGACGGAGGACUGUUCCUUGCCAACUACAAGUGCGACUCGACUCCAAAUGACAAAGUCGUCCACGUGCUGAGGGAAAAGGCGUCGGCGAAGGUUUGGGAGCAUACACAUGAAGUCUUGAGACCGUACCUGUAGGCUGAAGACUGAUAUGGACAUUGGGCAUGUCGAGCUUAUCACGACUGGAGCUAUCGCAUCUACUGCGCCGCUUCUUCCGCACAAAUAUUAUCCAUGC